AUGACAGAAACCAACUCAGAUCCCACCACUAAUCCCUCAAGCCCCUAUUACCUGCAUCCUGGAGAAAAUCCAGGCAUUACCCUCAUUUCCCAGAUCCUCACUAAGUCUAAUUACUCAUCCUGGAGCAGAAACUUAAAACGUGCUCUUCUGUCAAAAAACAAAGUCAAAUUCAUUGAUGGCAGCAUUCAAAAGCCUACCAGGACUGACAAGUUAUUUGAAGCAUGGGAAAGAUGUGAUACUAUGGUUCUUUCUUGGAUCAUCAAGACCCUAUCACCACAAAUUGCAGACAGUGUCCUUUAUGCUGACACUGCUCAAGAACUUUGGGAAGAGCUCAAAGACCAUUUUUCUAAGGGUGAUUAUUUCAAGAUUUCAGACCUAUUACAAGAUAUUCACUCUAUAAAGCAAGGAGAACGAAAUAUCAGUCACUAUUACACUGAUUUAAAAAUCCUUUGGGAAGAACUUGAAUCUCUCCGGCCUAUACCCACUUGCACCUGCCCUAACCCAUGCACUUGUGAUCUAUCCAAAAUCUCCCUUAGAUACAGAGAGGCUGAACACGUCAUUUGUUUUUUAAAAGGCCUUAAUGACACCUAUCAAACUGUUCGCACUCAAAUCCUCCUCAUGGAGCCCCUUCCCAACAUCAACAAGGUUUUUUCUCUUCUAAUACAACAAGAAAGACAAUAUCAGGACAGGGGAGGCACAAAUGACACCUUCAAGAUUUUAGCCAGCACAGUUGACAAGACCAAUUGGAGAGGUCAAGGCCGUGGCACAAACUCACGUGGCCAAGGAAGGGGCAGAGGGAGAAAUCCCAAUUAUGGGAAACAAUGUUCCCAUUGUCACAAGAUGAAUCACACCAUUGAUGAGUGCUACCCUAAACACGGCUUUCCGCCAUGGUAUAAGAAGAAUGAUAAUCAAAAUAGUCAAGACAGGGGCCACAAUGAAUGGAGCUAUGCUAAUGCUUGCAAAGAAGAUUCAAAUUCUACCCAGACUCAAAGUGCUCAACAAGAAAAACAGAGUAAUCCUAUGCAGGGUUUUACCCCUGAACAGAUGCAGAAACUGCUGCAAAUCAUAGAGAAUACCCAGACACAAAAUAUUCACAGCAUCAGUCAAGUCCAAAGAAACACUCCUGGAGAAAAUCAAGGUACUUUUUCCUGGAUUAUAGACACUGGGGCCACUGAUCACGUGACCCAUGAAAAGAAAUAUUUCAUUACGUUUCAGAAAAUUAAACCUAUUACAGUCAAACUUCCAAAUAAUUCUGUGGUUACAGCCCAAUAUGCUGGAACAAUACAAUUUUCUGAAAAUUUUAUCAUUUUUAAUGUUCUCUACAUCCCUGAAUUUUCUUUUAAUCUCAUAUCUGUACAAAGCCUAACAAGAGAUUUAAAUUGUGUUCUAACCUUUUCUUCUAAGUCUUGCCAGAUUCAGGACAGUUCUACCUUGAAGAUGAUUGGGCAUGCUAAAGUUCUCAAAGGCCUUUACUAUCUUCAGUCUUUUCCUGUUUUUACCCAGUAUUAUGUACCCAAGGCUGUUCUUUCUUGUAAACAUGUUAAUGAUGAUCUAUGGUUGCCUACCCCUGUUCUUAAGGGUAAGACACCUUAUGACUUGAUGUAUAACACACCUCCCACUUAUUUGAACUUGAAAACCUUUGGUUGUCUUUGUUUUGCCUCAACUUUAGAACAUAAUAGACACAAGCUUGAUUCUAGAGCUAGGAAAGGUGUUUUCUUAGGAUAUAAAAAUGGAGUCAAAGGAUAUGUUAUACUUAAUGUUAAUACUAGAGAAAUUUUCCUAAGCAGAAAUGUUGUUUUUCAUGAGAAUGUUUUUCCUUAUAAAGACCAACAAGACAAUAAGCAGAAUUAUACUGAAAAGGAGAUUGAAACUGUUUUUCCAAAUAAUUUCUGGUAUGGUCUUAAUUGUAAUGAGACUCAAGAUUAUCUAGAAAAUAUAAAUACUGAACAAGAAUCUGAUCACAGAGAAAAUCCUAACACAGAUAUUGGAAAUAGUCAUACUAAUACUGAUAAUAGCCCUAGACGACCCACUAGAACAAAAAGGGUUCCUGGAUAUCUUAAUGAUUACAUCCAUCAAGUUAAUUAA